CACAUCUCAAGGGUAAAUCUAGUAUCUUCGUUCUCCUAUUAGAUUUUAGAUUCAGGUUUUCGGAUCAAUUAUAGUCAUCAAUAAACCUAGGGUUUUGAUAGAUUUUUGAGCAGGGAGAGAAAUGGGAGAAGCGAAACGCGUCUCUCUGCGACUUGCUAUUGUUUUUUUGGUCGCUUUCAUUUCCUUCAGUCAGCUCCGUGCCUCUGAUGACGAUAAGAUCUUUUACGAGUCCUUUGAAGAGUCAUUUGAAGGGCGAUGGACUGUUUCUGAUAAAGAUGAGUACAAAGGUGUAUGGAAGCACUCAAAAAGUGAGGGUCAUGAUGAGUAUGGUCUUCUUGUAAGUGAAAAGGCUAGGAAGUAUGCCAUAGUGAAAGAGCUUAAAAACCCCGCAAUUAUAAAGGAUGGAACAAUUGUCCUUCAAUUUGAGACUCGUUUCCAGAAUGGGCUCGAAUGUGGUGGUGCAUAUCUUAAAUAUCUGCGGCCCCAGGAUGCUGGGUGGACUCCCAAGGAUUUUGACAAUGAUUCUCCUUAUUCAAUAAUGUUUGGACCUGACAAAUGUGGGGCCACAAACAAGGUGCACUUUAUCCUAAAGCAUAAGAACCCAAAGAGUGGGGAGUACAAUGAACACCAUCUCAAGUUCCCACCAUCUGUCCCUUCAGACAAGCUUACUCAUGUCUACACUGCUAUUUUGAAACCUGACAAUGAACUGAGAAUUUUAAUUGAUGGGGAGGAGAAGAAGAAGGCUAAUUUCCUCUCUUCAGAUGACUUUGAGCCACCUCUAAUUCCUGCCAAGACAAUUCCUGAUCCGGAUGAUAAGAAGCCUGAGGACUGGGAUGAGAGAGCAAAAAUUCCUGAUCCUAAUGCUGUGAAACCAGAUGACUGGGAUGAGGAUGCACCUAUGGAAAUUGAAGAUGAAGAUGCUGUGAAACCUGAAGGAUGGUUAGAUGAUGAGCCAGAAGAAAUCGAUGAUCCAGAGGCCACCAAACCUGAAGAUUGGGAUGAUGAAGAAGAUGGUGAAUGGGAGGCACCAAAGGUUGAUAACCCUAAGUGUGAGACCGCCCCUGGUUGUGGUGAAUGGAAGAGGCCAAUGAAGAGAAAUCCAGCUUAUAAAGGAAAAUGGCAUGCUCCUCUAAUAGACAACCCCAAUUACAAGGGUAUUUGGAAGCCGCAGGAAAUACCAAACCCCUCCUACUUUGAGCUUGAAGAACCAGACUUUGAGCCCAUUGCUGCUGUUGGCAUUGAGAUCUGGACAAUGCAGGAUGGUAUUUUGUUUGGAAAUAUCUUGAUUGCGGAUGAUGAGAAGGUUGCAGAGUCCCUCAGGCUGACAAAGUGGAAGCCAAAAUUUGACCUAGAGAAGGAGAAACAGAAGGCUGAGGAUGCAGCUGCUGGUACAGAUGGUCUUACUGGCAUCCAGAAGAAGGUGUUUGACCUCUUGUACCAGAUUGCAGACAUUCCUUUCUUGAGCCAGCACAAGGACAAAAUAUUUGAUAUUAUUGAAAAGGCAGAGAAACAACCAAACCUCACACUUGGUAUCCUCAUCUCCAUUGUUGUGGUGAUAUUCAGUGUUCUCAUUAAGAUAAUUUUUGGUGGGAAGAAGCCAGCAAAAGUAGAGGACAAACCAGCACCAGUUGCUGAGACUUCCAACAAGGAAGGAAGCAGCGGAGAGAAAGCAGAAGAAAAGGAAGAUGAUGGUGCUGCUGCUGCUCCUCGCAGAAGAAGGCGUGAAAACUAGAAGUAUGGCUUGGUUCCCAUAUGCUCUAUACAGAUGUUCAGUUUAGAUGUCUUACACACUCUUAGCGGCUGGAUUCUUGGCAAUUCCCUUCUCUUGUUUUUCAUCUUCUUUUUGAAAUAUUUUUGGCAUCUGUUUUGGAGUUUUCAGAUUAAUGAGACUAACGAGUGUAGAUGACAAUGUGGGUGAGGCAUUCCUUGCCUCGGAACUGAAAAUUAGUUUGGCAACACCUGGAACAAUUAAACUUGAAUCGUUUUAGAAUUGUUUCUUCAUCUAAAUUAAAUUAAUAUUUUUUCUAA